GUUUGGUACCACAGUAUAACUUCAGUAGAUAAAAUAUUCCUCUUACUAUUGUAGUGAUAUUUUUUUCAUAAAGAUAAAAGUUUUUUUAUGCGCUAAUUACUCACUAAUAAUUUAUAUCUGUGACACUACAAAUAAAUCAUGGGAGUUAAAGGGCUGUGGAAGCUUGUUGAGUGUUCAGGGGUACCAGUACCUCUGGAAACAUUGGAACAGAGGAUAUUAGGUGUUGAUGUGUCCAUUUGGCUCCACCAAGCAGUGCGAGGAUUCAGAGGACCUGGUGGUUCUGCUGUGGCAAAUGCCCAUUUGUUGACUCUGUUCCAUCGCAUAUGUAAGCUUCUCUUCUACCGCAUCAGGCCUGUCUUUAUAUUUGACGGGGGAGUCCCACACCUGAAAAAACAGACUCUUGCUUCCAGGAGGCUUCGACGGGAAGUAGCAGCCAGCAAGGCAAAGCAAGUGAGAGAAAGACUCCUUUCGAAUCUCUUGAAAAGUCAGGCUGUUAGAAAAGCUCUUGGUAGGAGUGGACCAGGACCCAGUGCAGCACACGUUGUUCGUCCCAAGAGUCGAAAAGAUAUUUUUGAAUUACCACCUCUCCCUGAAGAAAAAAGGACCUCAUUAAGUCCGAACAAAUCAGCAGAAGAGAAGAGAUCAGUUAUGAAGAGUUACAGGCUCCCAAAUCUUCACCAGUUUGAGUUUGAAAGUGAGGAGUUUAAAGCCCUCCCCCUUGAAACUCAGCAUGAAAUUUUGAGUGAGCUCCAGGACACUCGUAAAGAAAAUUCAUGGAACACUUUGAAUAAAAUGCCCCAAGAAUCUAAAAAUUUUGCUCAGUUUCAAAUGGAAAGGUUAAUGAAAAGGUACAAAUUUCAGUCAACCCUUGAUAAUAUUCGAUCUGAAAUGCAGAAAAAGAAGUCGGCAGAAAUGGAAGCUGAAAUGUUUGGUGAGCUUGAGAAGCAUGUUAGUCUAACACAACGAAUUGUCUCAGAAGAUUCUGCCCAUUCCAUUUUUAUCAAGAAAAUAAAUGAAACCCAAAAUGAACCUGAUAGCCAAGAAGACAUUUUGAAGCAAGAUCUAAAUGAAAAAAACUCCAUGAAGAGGAGAGGGAGAGUUUGAAAGGAUUUUUUGACUGAAUUAGAAAAAAAACAAGGCAUUGUAAAAUCAAAGCGUUUUUCAGAUUCUGAGUCAGAUUCCGACUAUGAUGAUGAUUACUUUAGUUUUCCUGAUUCAAAGAAUAAAGAUGAAAAGAACCAGAGUGAAGAUAAACUUGACUUUGAUGGAAAAGCCCUUUUGAAAGUUGUAGGCUCAUUGUUAGACAAUGAUGGUCUCUCGCAGGAAGAGAUCCUUGCUCUUAUUAAACAGGGGAAUCCCAGUGAACAUCAUAAUGAAAUGCCUGCCGGUUCAGAUGGACCGUCAACUUCAGGAAAGGCAUCAGGUUUUGUGUUUAAUCCAGAUGCAGAUUCGUCUGAUGACGACAGUGAUUUUAUAGAAGUCUCUGAACCCAGCAGCCCAGGUACUUUAGCACCUGAAAAGAUUGAUGAAACAAAGACUGAAGAUAAUGUUAAAAAAGUUUUAGAGACCAAAAACAACAGCUUAUGGAUCAAGAUCAUGCAGCAGAAGUUAGAUGAUAUUGUCCAUACAAGUAACAAUAAGACUUCCCCUAAGAAAGCCCUGGUAGAUAGUCGAAAUAUGGGUGCAGCCAAUCAGGAAAAUAGCAGGAAGAUUGUGAGUGAUAAGUCCAAGGGUAUUUCCAUAUCAUUAGAUUUUGAUAUUGCGCCUUUGAAGAUGGAAGAAGAUAUAUUUGCAGAUGUUUUUUCAAACAAGCCUGAGAAUGUUACUAAUUCACAAACCAAGCUCCCUUCGGAAAAGAAGAGGCAUUCAAACCUUGAGGCUAUAACAAGAAAAUUGUCAAGAUACAGUGAUGUUCAAAAUAAGCAGGUAACUGCUGCCGCAGCUUCCAAAGCAUCUGUUUUAAAAAGAAAUCUGCAAUCUGGGAAUGAUGGCAGCUCUCACAUUUUAAAUGAGACCUGUGUUCAAGGAGUAACUCAGAAUCCAGGGAAUGUAAAAAAAAUUGAAGACUUUCCAGCAGCAAAUAAAGAAGAGAGGAAAGAAAGAAAUUCUGAUGUGGAAUUCAUGAAUUCUAGUGAUGAUAGUGACUCAGAAAUGUUUAAAAGAAAAGAGACUUCAAAAGUGCCUGAAAGAAGUUGUAGCCCUGAUAUCAUUCCAUCUAAUUAUGAUAAUGAAGCUGAAGUAGAGGAUGUGGAGAUGAUGAGUUCCAGUGGAGAUAGUGACUCAGAAACGGAAAAUAUUAAUAACAGUAGAACACCCAAGGAAAAUAAUGCCUUAAAGAAAAGUGAGUAUAUCAGUACUGAAAAUAUUCCUGGCCUAGGUAAACCAUCAAGUAAAACAGCUGAUUACAUGAAAGAGACCACUGCCAGAACUGAUGCUCAAGAACCAAACAUUAGCUCAUUACAGAGUGGGAUUGGGAGUGUUGAAGAAGACAGAUUUUUGAGAAGUACGGAGAUCAAUGAAAACUCUAACUUGUUUGUCAAAAAAUCUAAUGCACCAUCAAGCACUGUAGAAAUGGAUGUUUCACCAGAAAAUCGUGAUUCUGUGGAGCAGAAUGCAAGCAUUAGUGAUCGUACAAGUGAUUCACAAGUUAAUGGAGUAGUUUUGGAGAGUGAUGAUACAAAGAGUGAGGAAAUUCUGCAGGAAGCUGAGACUCAAGAUCUUAAACUGAGUGCAGAGAAUGAAAAUAUUUCAGAAAAUGGGAUUUCUCAAUCAGCUUCAAAUAAUUUGCAAGGAAAAGCUAUAGAUGUCAAUGAAACAAAGGAAGAAGAAUUUAUUGAGGUUGAAAGGCCACUUGAAUAUUCAGAAGAUGAGCUAAAACGUUUGGAAGGGGAACUGGCUGAAGAACAAAGAGCCUUAGUAGCCCAGGCUCAAAAAGUAGAACGAAUUUCAUCUAAUUUGAAUGAUCAGAUGUAUGGAGAAUCCCAGCACUUAUUACAGCUUUUUGGCAUUCCAUAUCUUGUUGCUCCAAUGGAAGCAGAAGCUCAGUGUGCUUUUCUGGAUGCUAUCAAUUUAACGUCCGGAACCAUAACUGAUGACUCUGAUAUAUUUCUCUUUGGAGGUACGAAAGUUUAUAAGAAUUUCUUCAAUCAGACAAGGCAUGUUGAAUUUUUUAAAAUGGAUAAUAUUGAAGCAAAUCUAGGUUUGAAUAGAGAAAAAAUGAUAACUCUUGCUCUUCUUACUGGCAGUGAUUAUACUGAGGGCAUUGAGUCGGUUGGGGCAGUAUCAGCAAUGGAAUUGUUAACAGAAUUCCCAGGAGAAGGUAUUGAUUGCCUUCGAGCUUUCAAAAAGUGGUGGAAUGUUGCUCAUAAGAAUGUGUCUGCAAUCUAUUUAUCAAAAGUAAAGCAGAAAAUGGCUCAGGUACAUCUGCCAGAGUCAUUUCCUUCAGAUCAGAUAUUCAAAGCUUAUUUAGAACCUGAAGUUGAUGAUUCCAAGGAAAAAUUCUCAUGGGCAGUACCUAAUGUAGAUGCACUUCGCCUCUUUACUAUGGAAAAGUUUGGGUGGAAUCGGGCUAAAGCUGAUGAAAUUCUACUCCCAGUUAUGAAGAAGCUUGGAGUAAAAACUACCCAAAUGAGAAUUGACUCAUUCUUCACCAAUAUCAAGCUAGUGAAAGAUGAUAAAGUUCAUAGUAAACGGAUGCAAGAUGCCAUAGCAAAAGCAAAAGGAUUGGAACCACCAAGUGUUAAGGAAGGCACAUCAUUAAAGAGAACUGGAAAUCUGGUGAGAAAGAAGCCCCCAGGAAAGAGGCGCAAAGUACAAGAGUCGGAAGAAUCUUUGGAUCAAAAUGCAGAAGAGGAGGAAGAAGUUGAUAAAAACGUUCCUGAUAACAAGCCUUCAAGGACACUGUUAAUAGAUCCUUCUGAGGGCAGUAGUGGUCCUGAAGUACAUGCCAAUAAUAAACCAAAAGCCAAAGGAAGAGGUCGUAAGAAGAAGGAAGAUAGUCAGGAGAAAAAAUCCAGUGGUCCUGUUCGUUCUGUACGUGAAGUUGAAGACGAUUAUGUUCCUCCAAGGAAAUUGACAAAGGAAAUCAUGUAUGAAGCACUUUUGAAAAAGCAGACAAUUAGUCAGAGGGAAACUGAUAAACAGAAAAUGGAAGAUAAAAAGAAAAUAGCAGCAGAACUUCUGAAAAAAAAUUCAUCGAAAGAAAAAAAGAAAAGAUGAAUACGUAUAAGAUAAGUCAAGGCUGCAAUACUGUACUGAAAAAUUAACUUUUCAUACAAUCAACUUACCUGUCAGAUAUA